UUGAUAGCUUUGAUGGCUUUGAUAGUGUGUGUGACGUACGUUUGAGUUAAUUGUAAAGCGAGGAGUCAUCCGAAAUAAUGGGUUGACCAAAUUUAGAAAUGAAGUGAUAGGCUUUGUAUUCAACCCUUACUAUGCCCAAGAUUUUAAUAAGUGUUUCAAUGACACAAAUAUAUAUACCACGAUAUCGUCUAGCGGACGAACCACCAGGAAAACCUCAUUACGUUUAUGUUGUGGAAGUACUGGAAGGAGGUAAACAUCACCGAAUUGAAAGGCGCUAUAGCGCCUUCCACUGUUUACAUAGAGAGUUGAGAAAAUGCUAUAGCACCCCAUUGUUUCCACCAAAAAGGGUGCGUAGCUGUCAGCCAAAGGUUCUAGAAAGAAGAAGACAGAGUCUGGAACAGUAUUUACAAGCAAUGCUGAGAUUUGGACCAAGCCGAGCUCAAGUACUGGCUUUUCUUGGGGUAAAGAAAUUGAAAGGCAGCCUUGAGUGCAUGGAUUUUGCUGCUGAAGAGAAAGUAAUGGAACAUCAGCCAAUAUAUAUUUAUAAGAAGGACCCUUAUAUGCAAAUAGAAGAAAACAGUCAUUUACCGGAUGUGGUAAUUCAAGGAGUUUUAAUGGGACUGUAUGGAAGCACACACUGACUUCAGAUCA